AUGGAGUGGCUCAAACACGCCAAUAAGCUGACGGAGAAGUGUGAUAUCUGUGACACCCCCUACCGCUUCGAAACAAUAUACGAUCCCAAUAUGCCGCUGACGAUUCCCACCCGGCUUUUGGUCGAUAAAAUCGUUUCCGUCAUAUCGCUGGGAUUGAAGCAGACGCUCUCGCUAACGCUAUACGUGGUGGGGCUUACCAUCCAAGUACCGUUGUUUUGGAUGGCGACGAUGCGACUCUAUACCUACGCCAUUGACGGCCGAUUGCCCGGUGCCGGUCCCUCAUGGCAGUAUGUGGUGUUCGGCGGUAUUUACCCGCUGUGGCAACAGCGAGUGCUAGCAUUACUUAGCCAUAGCCUUGUCCAAGGGCUCGCAUGGGUGAUUUCCACGAUUGCGGUGACGUUUGCCAUGUUUAUCGAACACGAUUGGAUCGCGAGAGAUGAAGGGUUUUACCGGCUAUUAAUCAAACGAUUGGGCAAAGAACUGCGCCAACUGUUGAUGGAGACUGUGCUUGAAAAGAUCCAGGGCGCCGUCGCCGCGGGACCGGAGCGGGAACCGCCCGAACAGCGUAUCGCCCGUAUGGCCGAUAUGUUGAACAACUUCGAUAACGCCGUGGGCGAUAAUGGUUUCCAACAAGAACUCAGACAAUUCAUGCAGGACCACCACUGGGACGAUGCCCCCGGUGGCGAAAACAUCAAUAACCGCUUUAAUGACGAUAUGGACAUUGACCACGACGCCAGCGAUAAUGACGCCGAUGACGAUGACAAUGAUGACGACGACAAUGACGUCAUGGCUAACGCCGCCGCCGCCGCUGCUGGUGCCGAAAUUGGAGGAGAUUUGGCCGGUUUACCAUUGGAUGAUGACGAUAUUGUCCCCCCCAACGGCGUAGCGGAAUUCCUCCAACUUUUCGGACUUACCCUCGACUAUACCGCCCCCUUAGUAGUGUUGGCCAUCUGCGACAUCGUCAUUUUCUUGAACCUUUUGUUGUUAUACUUGGCACCUCACUUAAUUGGGAAUGUGGUGGCUAAAGUAUUUCAAGUGAUUUUGGGGCAAAUCAUCCCCAGAUUACCACAAAUCCUGUUAUCGUGGGUACCCCAAUUGACUUGGAAAUGGAAUAGUGCUACCGGCUUAACCAUCAAGCAGUGUAUCACUCAAUUCUACCAAUUUAUCCUCCAUCAAUUUGUCCAACCAAUUAAGGCUAUAAUAAUUGGGUCUGAUCAACCGCCACUGGUAGUGCAACGAGUAUUAGUGGUAGGACUCGGCUAUGCCCUCGUCUUUGUGGUGGUGGCUCGGCUUAUGGACGGUUUAAUCAGGGGUAAAAAACCUGUUAGAGGCACUGCCCGCAAGGUCUACCUGGUCUAUUUCGAGGUGAUGAUCACUAUCAAAGUUUUCCUCGUGUUUGCCAUGGAAAUCUUUGUGUUUGCCGUCUACUGUGGCUUCCUUUUGGAUGUAUGUGCCGCCCCUCUUUUCCUUAAGGAAGUGUGGAACCCUGACACCUACGGUAUGCGUAUGCUCGCUACCAUGGGCGCUUGGCGCAUCGGCAAACACCCGAUUUCGAGAGUGGCGAUGUACUGGUUCUUUGGGACACUGUACAUGUUGUUCUUUGCCCAUUUCGUCGGUAUGACCCGCAACCACAUCUUACGUCCUGGUACUCUCUAUUUCUUGAGACUGCCUGAUGACCCUAACGUGCGGCUCAUCCACGACGUCAUUAAGCGUCCUUUCUGGUUCCAGGUGCUGAGAGUAUGGCUUUCCAUCAAGUACUAUCUGGUGUUCAUUAUUGCCGGUAUUGGCGGCGUCACCUGGGGUCUCCGUUACUUGCUUUACACUCCUGGUAAACCGCAAGUGAUUUUGCCCACUAACCUGAUUGGUUUCAUCACUGCGGUGCUGGCCAUUCUCUUAGGGUUUGUCCUCCUGCUGCCGGAGUUCCACUCAUGUUUUCACCGCUGGCACUUGUGGUACUGGCGCCAGGCGUUUGCCCUUGGCUGCCACCGGUUACGCCUUAGCCACUAUAUCCUUGGUAAGCCCGUGGCGGCCGAGAGAGGCCGUGUCGUCUACCGCAACGCAUGGGCUCAAAUCAGCGAUGCUCGUCCUGAUUAUAGUGACCCUGUCACAUAUGGCGAAUCCCAACGUCGUUUCAGCGCUGACCCUAGUUUACAAGCAUGCUUUGUCCCCGACGGUACCUAUUUGCGGGUACCCGCAAACGACGCUGUACUGAGACGGUUCCUUAAGAAAUUGUUCUGUGACGUUACUAAGGACGAUAAGCUCUUAGGACCAGCUCAACCGGCUAAUAUUGGCGUGCUUGAGAGCGGGGCUGACUACUGGACCACUGAGGACGAAACUACCGAAGCGGUAAACAACUACGAUGUGGUCUACUGUCCUCCUAACCUCAAAUUGCGGUGGAUGGGUCUCUUGGGUAUCCUCUGGAUGUUCUGCUGCGUGCUUGUAAUCCUGAUUACCUUCACCGCAUUACUCGUUGGCCGUCCGUUUGUCCAUCUCGCCACCGUGGUAUUCUUCCUGUGGCUGCCGUCUCAGCCAGAUUGGCGUCUUGCCGACUGGGGUUCUCUCGUGUGUGGUCUCUGGAUCCUCGCUACCGUACUUAGACGCUACGACGACCACGUACAACGCCAACAAUUACGCCAACAAAGAGGAGAAGAAGACAAUGGCGAAGAAGGAGUUAAUAACGGAGCUAACGAAGUCGCCCAAGAAGCGCGAGCCAUUGAGGUGGAGAAUAUGGUCAACGUCGCCAUCCUCGUCGCCGUGGGCAUUUUGGCCCUGUUCGCGUGGGUGGUGUGGGUGUUGUCCGCCCACUUGCUCUGCGUCGACCACCCGUUGCUCAUGGCGCUGGCGCCAGGGACAUCGGUGAUCCUGCUGUACUCGCAGUUGAUGGAGCAGCUGGAGCGGGUGGGGCUCAAGAUGGUGGCGAUCACGCCCUUGCUGGUGCUAAUUCACGUGAUGUUGAUGCCAUUCACCAUCAUCCCCUUCAUUAAAGUGCUCGCUCGGCUCCACGAGGUGGUGGGGUUAAUCAACCGCCCCGGCCCCGUGUGGCGCCGCGCCGUCGACAUCACCCGCCUCAACGUGGUCGCGCUCAACAUUGCCAUGGUGCACGUCCCCGCCGUGCUUUUGCUGAUGGUGCUCGUGGCCACGGGCCAGUUCUCAACGCUGGUGUACGUGUGGCUGGGCAGUCUUGCCAUCUUCAUGAUGACGAAGCUUUCCAUCAAGUUGAUGAGAUUCUACGCUCUGGUCGACCGCCUGGUGCGUAACGAGAAGUACGUUAGGGGACGGGCGAUCCAAAAUGUCGAUUGA